ACCCACGACCCACGCGCCAGCUCAGCUCAGCUGUUCUUCCUUUGCUUUCCUUCACUUGGUUUUAUCACACGGACCUCGCCGGUCACGGAACUUCCCCGUCUUUCUCUCUAAUUUGAGAGGUCUCUCCUCCCCGUCUCAAGUCUGUCAAGCCAACUUGAUCGAGGAUGUCUCAGUUUGAAGGAAAGGUCAUCAAGUGCCGGGCUGCUGUCGCUUGGGCAGAGAAGCAGCCCCUCACCUUUGAGACGAUUGAAGUCGCUCCUCCUAAAGCUGGAGAGGUUCGUGUGAAAAUCACAUCCACAGCUAUUUGCCACACUGAUGCGUACACCUUAGAUGGCCAUGACCCCGAAGGCAUGUUCCCCUGUGUGUUGGGUCAUGAGGGUGGUGGCAUUGUCGAGAGUAUUGGGGAGGGAGUCACUUCUGUGAAGCCUGGCGAUCAUGUCAUCCCUCUUUACAUCCCUCAGUGCAGAGACUGCAAGUUCUGCUCCUCUAAGAAGACCAAUCUCUGCAGCAAAAUUCGUCUUACUCAGGGCAAAGGUGUGAUGCCUGACGGCACUUCUCGAUUUUCUUGCAACGGCAAAACCCUGUAUCACUUCAUGGGCUGCUCCACGUUCAGUGAAUACACUGUGUUGGCAGAGAUCUCAGUUGCAAAGAUUGAUGCAGCUGCUCCUUUGGACAAGGUGUGCCUGCUUGGCUGUGGUGUCCCCACUGGAUAUGGUGCUGCCUUGAAUACCGCAGGGGUGGAGGCUGGUUCCAACUGCGUAAUUUGGGGCCUGGGUGCUGUAGGUCUCGCUGUUGCUCUCGGCUGCAAGGCAGCAGGAGCUAAGACCAUAAUUGGUGUCGACUUGAACUCUGACAAGUUUGAAGUUGCCAAGAAAUUUGGAUGCACUGACUUUAUCAACCCUAAGAACCUUUCCCGCCCAGUUACUGAGGAAUUGAUUGAAAGGUUAGAUGGAGGUGCUGACUACACAUUCGAAUGUGUUGGCAAUGUCAAAACCAUGCGGGAAGCUCUUGAGUCUUGCCACAAGGGAUGGGGUGUGUCUGUAAUUGUUGGUGUGGCAGCUGCUGGUCAAGAAAUUUCCACCCGUCCAUUCCAACUUGUCACUGGCCGUGUUUGGAAGGGUACUGCCUUCGGAGGUUGGAAGAGCCGUGACAGUGUUCCCAAGCUGGUUGAUGACUACAUGAACAAGAAGCUGAUGCUUGAUGAAUUUGUCACCCACACCUUUACCUUCGACAAGAUCAAUGAGGCCUUUGGUGUUUUGCACGCUGGUACUGGCAUCCGCGCAGUGGUCAACUAUUAAGCACAUUGCUCAUCAAAUUUUCUACGAACAUUGCUGUGUUACUUUUAUUCUAUUUUUGCUUGUCAAUAAAAGUAUGAUGAAGAUAUUUUCAA